AUGAGCAAUAAUAGUUCAAAGGAAAACGAGAAUGCUGGUGCAUUAGCUCAUUAUUCAAGAAGCUAGGUAAAAUUAUUAAAUGAAAUCGUUUUUAGGAGUUUAAGAUUACUUAUCAAAUUGAAGAAGCAUUAUUAGAAAUUAAUAAUGCUUUAAAUCUUUGUCCUCAAUUUGCCGAAGCCUAUACUUUUAGAAGUUCGAUCUUUUAAAUAUCAGUUUAGGUGAAUUAUAUGAGAAGUUGAAAUUAUAUGAAAAGGCAUUGGAAGAUGUAAAUUAUAGCAUAUCUAUCAAUAAUAUGAAUGCUAAAAGUUAUUAUUAACGGGGUAUUAAUUAGAUCUGAUAAUUAAAGCAACAAUUUAUUGGAGAAAAAAAAUUUUUGAUCUAGCAUUAUAGGAUUGUAUAAAGUGUGUUUAGAUUAAUCCAAACUUUGCGAUUGGUUAUAAUAGAAUAGGUAAUGAGAUAAACACAAAUGUUUAGGUACUAUUAUGGGAGAUUUGAAAUAAAAGGAUAGUGAAUUCUCAUAUUACAAUUAAGCUAUAGAAAAAGAUGAAAACUGUUAUUAUGCAUUUAUGUGUAGAGGUAAUAGAAAAUAUAUAUUUUAAGGUUUGUAUUAUUUUAAUGAACAAAUGAUUGAUUUAGCACUUAGAGAUUUCUGUUAAGCUUUAUCUAUUAAUCCUAAAUAUAGUUUGGCUUAUUUUAAUAGAGGUGAAUACAAUUAAAUUUAAUAUAAUAGGCGAUUUAUAUUACGAAAUUGGUGAAAAGGAUAAAGCAUUAAAUGAUUAUAAUGAAGCAAUCUAACUUGAUCCAAAUUUUGCAAUCGCCUAUUAAAAAAGAGGUGAAAACUAUUACACUCAAUAUAUUAGGCAAUUUAUAUCAAGAUAUUGGUGACCAUGAUAAAGCAUUAAGUGACUAUAAUCAAGCAAUCCAACUUGAUCCAAAAGAUGCAACAGCCUAUAAUAACAGAGGUGAAAACUAUUACACUCAAUAUAUUAGGCAAUUUAUAUCAAGAUAUUGGUGACCUUGAUAAAGCAUUAAGUGACUAUAAUUAAGCAAUCCAACUUGAUCCAAAAGAUGCACCAGCCUAUAAUAACAGAGGUGAAAACUAUUACACUCAAUAUAUUAGGCAAUUUAUAUUAGAAUAUUGGUGACCAAGACUAAGCAUUAAAUGACUAUAAUCAAGCAAUCCAACUCGAUCCAAAAUAUGCAACAGCCUAUUCUAACAGAGGUGGAUAUUAUUACACUCAAUAUUUUAGGCGAUUUAUAUUAGAAUAUUGGUGACCAAGACUAAGCAUUAAAUGACUAUAAUCAAGCAAUCAAACUUGAUCCAAAAGAUGUAAAAACCUAUAAUAACAGAGGUGAAAACUAUUACACUCAAUAUAUUAGGCAAUUUAUAUCAAGAUAUUGGUGACCAAGACUAAGCAUUAAAUGACUAUAAUCAAGCAAUCCAACUCGAUCCAAAAUAUGCAACAGCCUAUUCUAACAGAGGUGGAUAUUAUUACACUCAAUAUAUUAGGCAAUUUAUAUUAGAAUAUUGGUGACCAAGACUAAGCAUUAAAUGACUAUAAUCAAGCAAUCCAAUUAGAUUCAAAUUUUGUCCAUACCUUUUACAGAAAAGGUUUUAUCUCUAACUUAGAAUUUUAGGUCUUAUCUUAUAAGAUUUGCAAUAAUUUGAGCAAGCAAUAAUUUGUUUUGAUAAAGCCAUUUCUCUUGAUACAAAUCUGAUUAAUGCUUAUUAUAAAAAAGGUUAAAUGUUUAUUAUCUUUUAGCAGUUUCAUUAUCAAAAUUGA